CACAGCCGCCUCCGAGCGGCAGGAGGGAGCAGAAGGUCGCUGCGCCACAGGACGCCACUACCCGGAGAUCCCGCGCCUCUCCUCCGACUGAGGUCUUCCUCUGCACCCCUCCGGGUACCCCUAGUCCAAACCUCACAACGAUAUGGAAGAAUUUUUGCAACGCGCCAAGUCUAAACUGAAUCGAAGCAAGCGCUUGGAGAAGGUCCAUGUGGUUAUUGGACAUAAAUCGUGUGACUUGGAUUCUCUCAUUUCUGCCUUCACAUAUGCCUACUUUCUAGACAAGGUCAGUCCCCCCGGGGUUCUCUGUUUGCCGGUGCUGAACAUACCCAGGACUGAGUUCAGCUACUUCACUGAGACAAGGUUUAUUCUGGAAGAGCUAAACAUCUCUGAAUCAUCCCACAUAUUCCGAGAUGAAAUUAAUCUGCAUCAGCUGAAUGAUGAAGGAAAGUUAUCUAUAACACUCAUUGGCAGCAACGUGCUGGCGAGUGAGGACAAAGCUUUAGAAUCGGCUGUUGUCAAAGUCAUUAGUCCAGUUGAGCAGAGCGAUGCUGGGCUUGGGUUCGGCGAGUCUUCCUCCUCCCUCGUGGUGAAAGAGAUUCUCCAGGAGGCUCCCGAGCUCAUCACCGAGCAGCUGGCUCAUCUCCUCAGAGGUAGCAUCCUUUUCAAGUACAUGACCAUGGAAUCCGAGAAGAUCUCAGAGAAGCAGGAGGAAGUUCUUUCCAUCCUGGAAGAAAAGUUCCCUAGCUUACCGCCCAGAGAGGACAUCAUCACCGUGCUGCAGGAGAGCCACCCCGGGGCCCAAGGUUUAAGUAUUGAACAGACAAUGUUGAAGGACCUAAAAGAACUGACAGAUGGAGAAAUAAAAGUGGCCAUCAGUACCGUGAACAUGUCCCUGGAGAACUAUGUGUUUCACGGCAAUAUCACCAGUGAUUUGAAAGCAUUUGCAGACAAGUUCGGUUUUGAUGUCCUCAUCCUCUUGGCCAGCUAUCUUUCGGAGGAGCAGCAGCCAAGACGACAGAUUGCGGUGUACUCCGAGAACCUAGAGCUGUGCAGUCAGAUUUGCUGUGAGCUGGAAGAGUGUCAGAACCUUUGCCUAGAGCUGGAGCCCUUUGAAUGUGGCUGUGAUGAGAUCCUGGUGUACCAGCAGGAGAACCCUGCCGUGACUUGUGACCAGGUGGUUCUCCUUGUCAAGGAAGUCAUCAAUCGGAGGUGUCCAGAGAUGAUCUCCAACAGCCGGACAUCUUCCACCGAAGCCGUGGCAGGCAGCGCCCCCCUCUCCCAGGGGUCGUCUGGGAUUAUGGAGCUGUAUGGCUCUGACAUAGAGCCACAGCCCAACUCUGUGAAUUUCAUAGAAAACCCUCCAGAUCUCAACGAUUCUAACCAGGCCCAGGUGGAUGUCAACACAGACCUCGUUAGCCCAGACAGCGGGUUGGCCACCAUUAGGAGCAGCCGUUCAUCCAAGGAGAGCUCGGUUUUCCUCAGCGAUGACAGUCCAGUGGGAGAAGGUGCCGGGCCUCACCAUAGCCUCCUCCCAGGGUUUGAUUCCUACAGUCCCAUCCCUGAAGGGGCAGUGGUGGAGGAGCACGCCCUGUCCAGAGAACAUGGGGAACACUUUGACCUCUUCAACUUUGACCGAACACCCAUGGUUUCUGGACAGUCCCAACCAUCUUCCCAUUCUGCUGACUACUCCCCAUCAGAUGACUUCUUCCCCCACAGCGAUUCGUCAGAAGGACAGCUCCCGUUGGGGCCUAAAGGACUCAGUGGGAUGGGAAGGAACAUGUCUAAUUAUUCAUCCAGCUCGCUUUUGUCGGAGGCUGGCAAAGAUAACCUUGUGGAAUUUGAUGAGGAGUUUGUCCAGCAACAAGAAAGCCCCGGGGAUAACUCUCAAAGAAAUUCGAGCCUGACAGAUUUUGUGGGAGAGGAGUCUCUUUCUCCUGGAAAGAGAGUCCCACCAACACCUAUGAAUAGCUUUGUAGAAAGCUCACCAUCCACUGAAGACCCAGCUCUACUCUGUUCAGAAGACAUGGCCCCAAAAACAGUCGACGCAGGUCACACAGGGCCACCUCAGCCUCGUGCGCGGUGCAGCAGCUGGUGGGGUGGUUUGGAAAUUGACUCUAAAACCAUUGCAGAUACGUGGAGCUCCAGUGAACAGGAGUCCGUCUUCCAGAGCCCCGAGUCCUGGAAAGAUCAUAAGCCAAGCCCGGUGGAUAGGAGAGCCUCCGAUUCUAUAUUUCAACCAAAGAGUCUUGAAUGCUCAAAGCCAGGUCCCUGGGAGUCAGAAUUUGGUCAGCCUGGGCUGGGCAACAAGAACGUUCAAGACCAACAUGAGGAAAGCUUGCAGUUUCAGAACCUGCCCACUGAGAAGUCACAUUUGCCAGAUGCCUCUCCUCAGGGAACAAACCAUCUGAUAGAAGACUUUGCUGCUCUGUGGCGCUCAGAUCGCUCCCCCACAGCAAUGCCUGAGCCGUGGGGCAACCCCAUGGAUGGCGGUGAACCAGCUGCCACAGUGUCAUUCCCAGCCUGGGGUGCAUUUGGUAAAGAAAAUGACACCGAGGCUUUAAAAAAUACCUGGAAUCUGCACCCAACGAGUGGGGAGUCACCUUCUGUGAGAGACCCGAAUGAGUGGGUCGUGGCAAAAAGUGGGUAUUCUUUUCCUGCAGAAGACCUGGUGGACAGGUCGCCCCGUGAGGCAAGUAAUGAAGCAGCUCCAGAGAUCUGGGGCCAAAAGAACCAUGACUCCAGGGCUGACAUCCUCAUACCUGGAGACCCCAGGUCUGAUCCAGAUCACGCAUGGAAUAGUUCUAAGCCCACAAAGGAAGAUCAGGAUGGUGGCAUGGAGCCAAAAAUUAGGGGAAAAGUCUAUGAAAAGGUAGAUUCGUGGAACCUUUUUGAGGAGAGUAUCAGGAAGAGAGGGUCAGACAUCUUAGCUCCUUGGGAAGAUUCCUUCCUGUCAUAUGAGUGUUCCGAUUACAGUGCCUCCAACAUUGGGGAAGAUUCGGUGCCUUCCCCCUUAGAUACCAACUACUCCACCUCCGAUUCCUAUACAUCACCGACAUUUGCUGGAGAUGAAAAAGAAACCGAAAAUAAACCACUUGCUAACGAGGGAGGUUUUGAGUCAAAAGAUGCUAACUCUCCCACAGAAGAGGCUGAAAUCCCUCCUCAGUCACCACUGCAGCCACCUAGACAUCGAAUUAGCUCAGGUCCUGGGAACCUAGAAAUGUGGGCUCCACCUCAUGCAGAUAAUAGUUCUGAAAGAAAUGCCACUGACAACCCAGAUGAAGAGGUACUCAAGACAGAGCCCACAGAUGACAAGGACGUCUCCGUGGAGGAGGACGUUGGGGAGAGCAGCCAGUCCAGUUACGACAACCCCAGCAUGAUGCAGCUGUACAACGAAACCAACCGGCAGCUCACGCUCCUGCACAGCAGCACCAACUCCCGGCAGGCGGCCCCCGACAACCUCGACUUGUGGAACAGAGUGAUUCUGGAGGACACUCAGUCCACUGCCACCAUCUCGGAUAACGAUUUGGACUGGGAUGACUGCAGCGGAAGUGUGACGAUCCCUGGUGAAGGUCAAGCACAAGGACACACAGCGGAAGGUACCGAACCCGAAACCCGAUUUUCAGUGAGACAGCUAGAACCGUGGGGCACGGAGUAUCAGGAAGCAACCCAGGCAGACUGGGGACACCCUGCUUCUUAUGAGCACAGCAAGGACACCGCUCCCAGCGAACAUCACGUGCUGAAUGAAAAGAGCGGACAGCUCAUCGCAAAUAGUAUUUGGGAUUCUGUCAUGAGAGAUAACGACAUGUCAUCAUUAAUGCGUCCAGGCCCAUUGUAUGUUACAGAUUCAGAACAAAGCGGAGUGCCUCCUGAAACUCCCAGUGCAUCAGAAAAAAUUAAGGACAGUACCAUCCCAGAUGUUCUAGAAGCCUCUGGAGCCAGUGAGUCAGGAGCACUUGGUCCAGACGAGGAAAACACGUGCAGAGGAGAACUGCCAGGUGAUACGGCGGCGUCCCUGACAACCAGGCUGGAGAAUCCAGGGCAUGUUGAAUGCUCAGAUCCCUGGGAAGGUCCUCACUAUGGACAAAGUGAGGGUGAGACAGAAACCCACAGAGCUGUUGAUAGGGAGCACCUGAGCGAGGAGGGGGUGAUGGAUGGAGCCUCGGGAACUUCUGGAAAAGGACAAGGCGACCAGGAAUGCUCUCCCCUAGUUGUAUCUGAACAUGAAGAAAUCUGCGAUGAGUCAAGCAAAAUCAGCUCUCAUUCAGUAACUUCAAGUCCUCAAACUGAGGAACCCCAGGAGGUUCUAGAGCAAGAGGAGGGAUCUUACAAUUCAGACCCCUGUGAUGUGCAAACAGAUGUGUCCACAGACCACCAACAGGCAGAAGAGACCUGUGAAAAGCACCUCGUGAAUCACAGAAAUUCAGGUGAAACUACUGAAAUUUCAGAUAAGCUGACUUUAACAAAAAAUGUAUCUUUACCUGAAAUGGAUCUUGAGAUAACUGAAGAAUGUAACAUUCUGGGGCCAGAGAAAGUGAACCAAGAGCCACCUCCUGCAUGUCCCCAAAGCCUUGAUGUUUGGGGUGGCCCUACAGACAGUGAUGUGCAGGUCAGUUGCACAGGUUCUGAGAUAACUAAGGAUCUUGAAGGUAAGAGUGCUGAAAACAGGCCUCCAGGAGCCGGUUCUUCAGGAAAUUAUGACAGAGAGAGUGUUUCUAGUGAGUAUUCACAUUCCAGUGCCUCAAGUCCUGACCUCAAUGACUCUUCGGCUGCACAGCUUUCUUGGGAUCAUGAACCCAAUACUGGGCGUCAGAAGGAGACUCAAGAUGACUGGAGUAAACAGAAUCACCAAGAAUCUGGACUAAUUACUGCUGAUGGCCAAGUAGAAGUAAUUACCGAAAUCAAGGACCCGGAGAAAAACAGCAUGGACAAGUUUGAAAGGAGCUUAGGUCACAAGGUUCCUACAUAUUUAGAGAUAUGGAAUGACUCAAUAGAUGGUGAUUCCUUUUCCUCUUUAUCCAGCCCUGAAACAGGCAAAUAUUCUGAAUAUUCAGGUGCAUAUCAGGAAAGAAAUCUAGUGGUUAGCCAUCAGGAGAAAAAUGAACGUGAUAUUCCUGACGCUGUGCGGCCGGAGGAUGCCAAGUUCACGUCAGCAAGCUCAGGUUCCGACGAUGAUAGCGUAGGCGAUGAGGGGUCAGUGGAGGAAGAGAGCCAUUUGGUCACUUGCCAGGUUGCUCAGAGCGAACCCCAAGCUUGGGACUCAUUAAAUGAAUCUAAAUUCUUGGACAUGGAAGAUCCCAAGUCUGAGGAAUUAUCUGCCUAUGUAGGCAGUUCAGGACCAGCAGAGAAUGAGAACACAUCAAACCCAUUCUGUGACAAUCCACAAAGCAGCCCUGAUCACUCUAAUUUCUCACCACUAAAGGAGACUGAAACACAGAUGAUAGCAGUAGAUAAGGAGACGAGAUCUCCAGAAACAGGGAAGACAGGAAAUAUCAUAUGGCAAAUAUCUCCCAAAACUGAACCAAAGAAUGAAAAUAAUUCUAAACUGGAAAUGCUUGACUUCCCAGCUGAGAGCACUGAGUGGUGGAAUGCAUCUCUUCAGGAAGGGCAACCAAUUGAGAGUGCAUUUGAGGGGGAGCUGUCUAACUCAGGUGGUAUGCAAGAGAUGAAUUCUUCUGUAUACCAACACAUGGGUCCCUGGGGCAUACCCAUUCAGGGUGAUAUGGAAUCCAUGGACACACAUUGUACUAAUCCUUUCAGUGAUGAACAUCAGUCACCCUUUCCGGAUAGUAAUGCGGAGAACUCCCAUGAGCAACUUUGGAACAUUCAACCACGGCAGCCAGAUCCAGAAGCUGAUCAGCUUAGCCAGCUUGUAAUAUUGGACCAAAUUAAAGAAAAGGAUCCCAGAGAGCAAACUUUCAUGUCUUCUGCUGGUGACAAGCUCACUUCUGAAACACCUAGCCAAGAGCAGUGUCAUGAUACAGUGCUGUCGGUCUGGGAUCAGCCAGACCCAGCAUAUACUCACAUAGAUGAAAAUAGAUGUGUUACAUCUGAUGUCUCAACUAUUGAGUGUCAAGAAACAAAUUGGUGGGAGGAAGAAAAAUCAUACCCCAGUGAAAUGACAAAUUCAUGCAUUGCCUCCAAAGAUUCCCCUACUGUCAGUUCUUCUACCCAGUUGAUAAAGAAGUCAGGGGCUGAAUGGGAUGGCUCUACCCCUAGUGAGGGCCCCCAAAGCACAUUUGUUCCAGAUAUCUUACAUGGCAACUUUCAAGAGGGUGGGCAGUUGGCCUCAGCUUCGCCUGACUUGUGGAUGGAUGCUAAGCAGCCUUUCAGUUUGAAAGCAGAUGGUGAUAAUCCUGAUAUACUGACUCACUGUGACCAGGACAGCAAUUCUCAGGCUUCCAACAGCCCUGAUAUUUGUCAUGAUCAUGAAGCCAAGCAAGAGACUGGGCCACACAUCAGUGCUAGGAUGGGACCUGAAGGGGAAGCCAAUGAGUUAUAUCUCACCGAGCCAAAGCUGGAUGAAGAACCCAGUCACGAGCUUGGGCAGGAAUUUGUUCCAUACAGUUCAGAACCAUGUUCUGAAAACAAAAUUCCACUGCCUCCCGCGAGCGAUCAAGUAAACACAAAUGGCUCAUCUCAGCCUGCUGCCUCUCACAGUGGUUCUCCCGAACCUUCUGAAAUAAAUGAUGAAAACAACACAGGUUUAAAAGCAUCAGAAAAAGGAGCCGAUCCAGAGAUGGCACCAAUUUGGGAGCCCAUAGACAGAACAAUCCCAAUGAUUAAGAAGGUGGGAACCGCUAUUUUUGUAACUCACCAAGAGCCAACCAUGGAUGGCAACAGCUCUUGGAUCUCAGAGGACUUUUCUCCUGAAAGUCAGACAGGGGAAGCAGCCUUGUUGGACCUCGAGCAGCCAUUGACUGCUGAGGACCCUGCCUCAGUUCCCGACGCUCUGCUAGUCUCGGACACUUGUCUGGAUGUCAGCGAAGGCAUCAGUUUCAGUGAUGCCUCAGGUCUCAACACGUCCACGGGAACCAUAGAUGACAUGAGUAAACUGACACUAUCAGAAGGCAAUCCUGAUACGCCAGUGGAUGGGGAUGCUGGGAAGCAAGAUAUCUGUUCAUCUGAAGCCUCGUGGGGUGAUUUUGAAUGUGAUGUCAUGGGCCAAAAUAUUGAUGAAGAGUUCAUGAAAGAGCCUGAACACUUUCUCUAUGGAGGUGACCACCCCAUGGAAGAAGAUGCUCUGAAGCAAUCACUGGCACCUUACACGCCUCCCUUUGAUCUGUCCUACCUCACAGAACCUGCUCGUGGUGUCAAAACCGCAGAGGAAGCUGGGACUCCAGAGGAUAAGUCUAUGGGGAGUGAAGCAGGAGAGAUAUUGCUUUCCACUCUACCUGAUCAAAGAAGCAAGGAAAGCCACACUGAGACCCAAAUCAGCCAACCUGGACACCAGCUGGUUGUACUGCAUAUUCAUGAAGACCCUGAGUCAGUUUCUUUUCCUGUCAGAGGUGAUUCCAACCUGGAGUUGUCUCCAUCAAACAUUGACUGGGAAGUAGAAACAGAUAAUUCAGAUUCACCAGCAGGUGGAGACAUAGGACCAUCAAAUGGUGCCAGCAAAGGAAUAUUCGAGUUUGAAGAAGAAGCAGUAAUUCCUACCCAAGAGCCUGAGCAGAUAAAACCAGAAUUCAGAGAAGAAAGGAACACGGGGAAGAAUGAAGACCAUCAAGCACAACACCUGGACUACAUCCUUGUAAACCAUGAAGAAAAUUCACCCCCAGAGCCAGAGGCCUUUGAAGCAAGAGAAAGCACAUCGGAAUCGGCAGAGUUUCACGUAGGUUCCAAACAAGCGGAGCUGCCAGGAACUCAAGUAGCAAACUUCCCAGACACUUGUCAGUCCGACUCCUUAAGUGAAAGACAAGAUCAUUCUGCAGAGAACAUGUCUUCUGAAGAUGAUAAGAGAUCAUCUCUUGAAAGCCCUGGGCAAGAACAGAGUUGGAUGGUCUUGGGCCAUAGUGAGGUUAGCAAUCCAUCGUCAGAAGCUAGGGACGAAGGGUCUGACAGGGCUGUAGAGCCAGCCUCUGAUCACAACUUGGGCAUGAGUCCCCAAAUGCAGGCUCUGGGAGAAACAAAGCCUCUAGAAUCUGUAGCAAUAGAGGAGGCCUCUGGUCUGUGCAGCCAAUCUCAGAAGAGCAAGAGCGGAGGCAGGGCUGGCCCAGAUACAGUUAUGUUGCAGACUGUUGCCCAUGACAAUGAAUGGGAAAUGCUUUCACCACAGCCUUCGCAGAAAAACAUAAUCCCUGAGACAGAAAUGGAGGAGGAGACAGAGUUUCUUGAGCCCAGAACAAGGAAACCAAGACCAAAUGGACCACUGCCAGAGGAUGUAGGAAUGGACAUCCCCUUUGAGCAGGGAAUGUUGAGUCCCGGUGCUGCAGACAUGAGGCCUGAACCACCCAAUUCACUGGAUCUUAAUGACACUCAUCCUCAGAGAAUCAAGCUCACAGCCCCAAAUAUCAAUCUUUCUCUGGACCAGAGUGAAGGGUCUGUUCUCUCAGAUGAUAACCUGGACAGUCCAGAUGAAAUCGAUAUCAAUGUGGAUGAACUCGACACCCCUGACGAAGCGGAUUCUUUUGAGUACACUGGGCAUGAGAUUCCCACAGCCAACAAAGAUUCUGGCCAAGAGUCCGAGUCCAUUCCGGAAUAUACGGCAGAAGAGGAGCGGGAGGACAACCGGCUGUGGAGGACAGUGGUGAUUGGAGAACAAGAGCAGCGGAUUGACAUGAAGGUCAUCGAGCCCUACAGGAGAGUCAUUUCUCACGGAGGAGAUUCAGGAUACUAUGGGGAUGGCCUAAAUGCCAUCAUUGUGUUUGCCGCCUGUUUUCUGCCAGACAGCAGUCGGGCGGAUUACCACUAUGUCAUGGAAAAUCUUUUCCUAUAUGUAAUAAGUACUUUAGAGUUGAUGGUAGCUGAAGAUUAUAUGAUUGUGUACUUGAAUGGUGCAACCCCAAGACGGAAGAUGCCAGGGCUGGGCUGGAUGAAGAAAUGCUACCAGAUGAUUGACAGACGGUUGCGGAAGAAUUUGAAAUCAUUCAUCAUUGUUCAUCCAUCUUGGUUCAUCAGAACACUCCUUGCAGUGACACGACCUUUUAUAAGUUCAAAAUUCAGCAGUAAAAUUAAAUAUGUCAACAGCUUAUCAGAGCUCAGUGGGCUGAUCCCAAUGGAUUGCAUCCAGAUUCCAGAGAGCAUCAUCAAGUACGAUGAAGAGAAAUCUCAUAAGAGAAGUGUGAGACUGGAUGAAGAACUGAGGGAAGCAUCAGAAGCAACUAAUCUUGACCUGAAGUUAAAAGAGAAGCCCUAGUUGGCCAUGGCAGGAAGAAGAGGAUGCCUUUCUGCUUCGUGGUUCUGUUGAGACUUAUCUACCUGGAAGAGACAGGGCUGAUGGUACUUUUUUCCCCUUUGCACUACCUGGUGCCAUUCUAAGUUUCUAAGGGGAAAAACAGUAAGGGAAUUUGUUUACUCUUAACAUGUUUUAUGAAAUUGUGUGUAUUUUCCUAUUUUGCCAAUUAUGUGCCUCAAACAUUUUAGUUGAACCUUAGCAAGAAAGUAGGACCUUCCAUUUUCAUAUUUUGUUUACCCGUGGUGCAGUGGUAUUUCAUCUCUUAGACUGGUAUUGACUAAUAAGGUAACUUCAAUUCACUGUUAAUUAUAAGUGGAUUUGCUUCCAUAGAUUAGCUCCGUGGUGAUUGUUUUAGGUUUAAAAUACACUGGGCUCAACUCUCCCUGGAAAUGUUGUCCCCACGUAAGUCCACUUUUAAAGUCCUAAACCUGUUUAACACAGCCAGAAACCAGAAAUGAGUGAAACCACCCUCAACUAAGUACCUAUUCGCUUGGUUCUUGUCCACAUGAAUGAAUUGUCUCUAACUUCUCAAUGGGAAGCCAGGCUUUCUAGUUCACAUCAAUUUUAUUUUAGUGAUCAAAUUGGGCAUCAUGUUUCCUGUGAAUUUGUUUUUUAAAAAAAGCAUUUCUCCAGUAAAUGUUGAAGACUUCUGUAUUGAGAAACUCAAGGAUCAUUGUCCACAUUUUUGGUGACUGUCUGUGCUUCAGGUCAUAAACUUAAUUCAAGAUGUUCUACUUUAAGUGCCAAGGACUUGAGGGUAAGCUGGCCCACUUAGAAAUUCAUUGUUUGGUACCAUUCAGUUAUCUGAAUUUCUCUCAUACCUUAUAAAAAGUAAUCUGCUUUGAAACACUGUAAUCUGAUCACAGGUUUAAAAAUUAAAUAUGAGUAUGUACUAUCAUUUGCAAAAUAUUCUUUUAUAAUUUUUAUAUGUCCUUUAAAAUACCAAUGUGAUUUUGAAUCUAUGGGCCUCUUGCAGAAGAUGACUACCUCCCAAUGUAGCCAUCGCCUGUUUUCACCUGGCUUUCUAGUUAAGACUGGUUUUCACGUUUUCGUUUGAAAACAUUUUCUUACUAUUUUUAUGACACUUGAAAAUUAUUCAACUUUCAGUGUUCAUGCAUAAUGUUUUACUGAAACACGGCCACACAGAUUUAUUUAUGAGCUCUCUGCAGCUACACUCAUACUGUAACAGCAGAGUUGAGUAGUUGCAAUGGACCCUGUAGCCUACAAAGCCCAAAACAUUUACAAUCUUUACAGAAAAGUUUACUGAGCCCUGCUCCAGCACAUACAUCCUUUGCCCCGCCCCCCCCCCAUUUGUAUGUAGAUAUUUGUUUCUCUAACAGAAUGCACAAGGAAGACUUCAAAUGAACUUAUUCUUAAAAAAUAAAGUUUGGCAGAAAAAUA